UAUAAUAGAAUGGAAUCACUCGGCAUCAUGAUUUGGUGUUCCUCUCGUCGCCUCUUUGAGAACAUACGCGAGAUUGAAUGAAUCUGGCGAGUGCGAUGGCUCCUUUCUGUGCGCAGUGAGAGACAAGUAGGCAUACAUACGCCAACUUAAGUACAAAGUAAAGGAUCCGCGGCAGGAACCAAAGCCUAGAGAGAAAAGUUCAGACUAGGUUCCCCAUAUCCCCCACAACCCCGCAGGUACCAACCAAGCUGGACCCUAGAGUUAUGAGACCGGAACCGAAGUGAUCGAAGGCCCAGGUGGAUGUUCCGCCGGAACCGUGAUCAGGCCAACGUACACAUACGACACUACUUAUUUCAAUCAGGCCCUUCAGCGAUUGAAAAUCAUGCAAUUCAAUUCUUGACUUUCCAUUCUUCCAGAUUCAUUCUCGCAUACAGUACUUGGAGCUUAAGGAGCAAAAUGGCCACAGAUACACAUCCCAUAGUCAAUAAAGCUUCUGUACUUCGCCCUGGCGGCUCAUUCUACUAUGAAGAUAGAGAGAGGCCUUCAUUAGAGUCUGAUCGACAUGUGAUUGUGCGAGUUGUCGCAACCGGUCUCUGUGGCUCCGAUGUCCACUACUGGCAACACGGUCGCAUCGGUCGUUAUGUGGUUGAAAACCCCAUAAUUCUCGGCCAUGAGUCUUCAGGCAUAGUCGUAGCCUGUGGCGUCGAAGCAUCCGGCAUUGAAGUUGGCGACCGCGUCGCGAUUGAGCCCGGAGUCGCCUGCAAUACCUGCAACCCAUGUCGCAGUGGUCGGUACAACCUGUGCAAGGGCAUGCGUUUUGCCGCAACUCCCCCAUAUGAUGGAACGCUGUGCACAUACUACAGCGUGCCGGUUGAAUGCUGCUACAAGUUGCCGGCACACAUCUCGCUACGUGAUGGCGCACUGGUCGAACCGCUCGGGGUCGCAGUACACGGAUGUCGACUGGCGGGCGAUCUGCAAGAUAAGUCGGUUAUUGUUUUCGGCGCGGGACCGGUCGGACUGCUUUGUUGCGCUGUGGCGAGCGCGUUCGGUGCGUCGACGGUGGUGGUCGUGGAUAUCGUUGCUGCUCGACUCGAGUCGGCAAGGAAGUACGGGGCUACACAUACCUACCAGAUGAGCGCGGAGAAGUCCCCUGAGUUAAACGCCGAUGCCCUCGCAGCUACAGCGGGACUAAUCGAUGGUGCUAAUGUUGUCCUCGAUGCUUCGGGUGCCGAGCCCUGUAUCAACUGUGGUAUUCAUGCGCUGGCGCAUGGUGGAACCUUCGUGCAAGUCGGACUUGGUAGACCCAACCUGUCAUUACCCGUUGGGCAAAUCUGCGACAAAGAGGCUGUGUUCAAGGGUAGCUUCCGGUACGGUCCGGGGGAUUUCAAGCUGGCCAUUGGAUUACUGAACUCGCGGCGGGUACAGGUCGAUGGGUUGGUCACUCAUGAAUUCUCUUUCUCGCAGGUCGAGGAGGCGUUCAAGCAUGUCGCUGGUAAGGGGGGUAUCAAGAGUGUGAUUUACGGACCGGACAUUGAUGUCGAGGCUGCAAAGCAAGCUUCAGUAUAGUAUCUAUCCGUUGGUUUGGAUGGUAUACAGUGGAUAUAGAUCUAUAGAGCUGUAUAAUAAA